UUCAUUUACUCAACCAUGUUGGCCAUUCGUAAAGGACUUGUUCCUACCCGAUGCUUUUUCUCAACUUCCAGUGUAGUUCUUGCCAAGAAGAAGCCUAGCAAGAAAGAAGAGCCCGAGAAGGCUAUUUUAGGAAGACCUUCCAACAACCUUCGUAUGGGUGUUGUUGGUUUACCCAAUAUUGGGUAACAUUAAAAGAAUAGAGACAUGUUAUACAAAGAUACUCAUGUCAUAUCACAGUAAAUCAUCCUUAUUUAAUGCACUAACGAACAGCAGUGUGCCUGCAGAAAAUUACCCAUUCUGUACCAUCGAUCCAUCCGAGGCUAGAGUGGAAGUCCCUGAUGAUCGAUUAGAUUGGCUUGUCAAAACAUACGAACCUAAAAGAACCACGCCUGCACAUUUGACUGUAGUGGAUAUUGCAGGCCUUGUCCGUGGUGCUUCUCAAGGUGCUGGUCUGGGCAACGCCUUCUUAUCCAAUGUAGGCUCGGUAGAUGCCAUUUACCAUUUGGUGCGUGCCUUUGAAAACGACGAUAUUACACAUGUGGAAAAUACCAUUGAUCCUGUGCGAGAUUUAGAGAUUAUCCAGAACGAACUUCGUAUCAAGGACGAAGAAAUGCUGGAGCGUCAGUUAUUGGAUUUGGUCAAACUAGCAAAGUUCCCCGACGCCAAAAAAUUGCCAGGCACCGUGUCCAAAAAGGAAGAGCUUGCUAUUGUGGAGAGCUUGGCAGAGUUUAUGGCAAAGGGAAGAGAUGUCCGAAAGGGAGAUUGGAGCUCAGCCCAGGUGAAUGUCAUUAACGGUUUACACUUGUUAACGGCUAAGCCCAUGAUUUAUUUGGUGAAUACCAGUGAAGGGGACUAUGUCUCACAAACAAACAAGUGGUUACCAAAGAUUAACGAGUGGGUGCAAGAGAACAAUAAGGGUGAUCGUGUGAUUCCCUUGUCUGUCUCUCUCGAGUCCAAAUUAGUAGACAUGGCGCCACAAGAACAAGCCCAAUACUUGAAGGACCUUGGUAUCCAAUCUCAAUUACCAAAUGUCAUUUUGGCUGGUUACAAGUCGCUAGAUUUGAUUCAUUACUAUACCUGUGGACAACAAGAAGUGCGUGCAUGGACCGUCAGAAACACAGCCAAGGCACCUCAGGCAGCGGGAGUGAUUCACUCUGAUUUCGAACGUGGGUUUAUUGCAGCCGACACACAAAAGUUUGCAGAUCUGCAGCAUUACGGCUCUGAAGCUGCAGUCAAGGCAGCGGGUAAAUAUAUGCAAAAGGGCAAAGAUUAUGUUGUGGAAGAUGGCGAUAUUUUACACUUUAAAUUCAAUGUCACUGACAAGAAAAAAUAAACAAUAUAAGUGAUACGGGAGAGGCACAACUUACACACAGGCCACCUAUGAAUCACAUGAUUCCACAGUUGUAAUCUUUACAAGUGACGU